CAGUUCGAUCCGGUCAGUGGGCCAUUCAGCAUGAACAACGAGCGCAAAGAGGAUGGUUCCGUUUAUUCGGUCGGAAGCCAAAAGAACCUGGUGCCGAUAAGGUCCCGGCAAACCUUCUUCAAGAAGCAGAUUCGGAUGUCCACCUUGUUGGUGAUAAUUCUAUUUUUCCUGGUGAUCUCUUUGGUGAUUACGGUCGUGGUGCUCGCGGUACUCUAUGCGUGCAACAGCACGAUGAAGAUAUGCGACAACGAGGAUUGCGUGCGAAUAGCGGCUAGUUUGAAGGAAUCUAUGGACACUUCUGUAGAUCCUUGCGACGAUUUUUAUCAUUACGCUUGUGGAAAGUGGCCGGAGGAACAUCCGAUUCCGGACUUUACUGUAGUGAACACGUGGUUCCACGAGCGCACUGAUCGCAUGUCCAGGAAGAUCAGAGAGCUGCUGCAGGCGAACAUAUCUGCCAGCGAGUCGCCGUGGGCGGUGAUGCAGGCGAAGAUGCUGUUCACCAGCUGCACGGACGUGCAUGCGAUGAACGAACUGGACAUGUCGCCGCUGUACGACCUGUUGACGUUGCUGGAUUUACCCCUGAUACCGGCGUUGCUUAGUAAUAAGACGGGCGAUUAUAUCGAGCAAAUGGCCAGUCUGAAAAGAAUUUUAGGCCGCGAUAUCUUCUUCGGCCUCAAUGUCAUGCCCGAUCCGAAGAAUAAAAGCAGAAACGUGAUCUUCCUUGACACUCCGGACACGUCCUCUCCCUUUCCUACCAAUAAAGAGCUCGAGAAGCGGCUGCGAACCAUCAGAUCGCGAUUGCGAAAACUGGAGGAUAUAGAGGAAGAAUCGACGUUCACCGAGGACGAGGAAGCUGAAUUUGCCUACAUGAGGGAAAUCAUCAAGCUAAUCAUCAGUAACGGUACCAUAGACACUUGCGUCGCGGAGGAUAACUCUACGACGAACGCGAAGGAACUCGAUGUCCUCAUCGAGGAUCUUUAUGACAUCAGUAGCACCUUAUAUUUAAUGGUCGGCCAUAGUCGGAACUCCAGCAUUUCCGAAGAGAAUCUGACCGACGAGGAUUACAUGUUGGUGGAUGAUCUGCAACGCAUAACGGACGAGUAUGUGAUAAGCUCUAACUUGAGCUUGACACCCAAACCGAUUUGGCGGCCUUUUAUCGAAUCUGUCUUCAAGGGAAUAAUCCCGUUAGAUCUAGACAAGAAGGACAAAGUUCUCGUUGGCAAUCUGGAAUUUUUGAAGUACGCCGCGUUGGUAUUUGCUGCUGGUGAAGAACGAGAGCUGGAAACCUGUGUCUGGUGGGUCGUCGUGGACAUGGCAGUGCCUCAUAGUUCGGAGAAGCUGAGGAAAGCCUGGACGACGUACGUUAACAAAGUGAUGGAUAUAGAAAUGGCGGAAUCCAAAUCCCUGCAAUGCGCAUCAGCUGUCAAUCAUCUCAUGGGAAUGGCAGUGUCAUGGCUGUUCAUAGAUCCGACAUUCCACAAUAAUAAGGCUCGCAAAGUGCACGAGAUGCUGGAGGAUAUACGAGAGGCGUUCGUCUCGCUGAUCGGCGAAACGGACUGGAUGGACUUGCAAACGAAAGUCGCGACGCUCGAGAAGAGCAAGAAGAUGACAUCCGAGAUCGGAUAUCCCGAGUGGCUUUUCGACGAGAAGAAGCUCAACGAGUAUUACGAAGGCAUAGACCUUUCGGAGACGAGAUACUUGGAGAACAUGGUGCAAAUCGUGCAAUUGACAUGGAACAACACGUUACACGAGUUGCACAAGGUCAAUUUGGACAACGAAACGUUCUGGAUGAGCGACCCCACCACCGUGAACGCCUACCAUGCUUUCCAAGACAAUCAAAUAACCAUACCUGCCGGAAUCCUUCAAUUCCCGUUCUAUGAAUUGGGUCUCGAGGCACUGAAUUACGGCGCCAUCGGUUCGAUUCUCGGCCACGAGCUGACUCAUGGAUUCGACAACAGCGGCCGGCACUACGACAGCGACGGGAACGUGCGGCAAUGGUGGAGUAACAAGACCAUCACUGAGUACACCGAGCGGACGCAGUGUUUCGUAGAUCACUACAACACGUAUUACGAGGAUGAGAUUGACGACUACAUCGACGGUGAGCUGACCUUGGGCGAGAACAUCGCCGAUAAUGGGGGCCUUCGCGAGGCCGUCAUCGCUUACGAGAGAUGGAAGGCCAGGCACGGCCGGGAGCCCCUUCUUCCGGGAUUCACGCAACUCACGCACGAGCAGCUGCUCUUUCUCAGCUACGCGCACUUAUGGUGCGAGUCUUACACGACCACUUCGCUCAAAUGGAUGCUAGAGGACUCGCAUUGCCCCGGCCACGUGAGGCUUCAGGCGGUGCUGAGGAAUUCCAAGGAGUUCAGCGCCGCGUGGAAGUGCCCGGUGGGGUCGAACAUGAAUCCGUCGAAGAAGUGUCACUUAUGGUAAACGGCCAUGCUCCGGCUGAUCAAGGAAAGACAGUUCAACGCUUUGUUACGAUGCUCUUGAGCAAAGCUGUACCGAUGUCCUAUUUUCGCUCGACGAGCCCGUAAAGUUCGCAAUGCGAAACGAUGAUGAUUCAACGCUCGUGGCGUAAAAUACGAGUAUAUUCGUGAAAAACGCAAAAAUAUUUUAAGGGUGAAACUGAUUUUAGAGGACCUAAUUUCUAGUCGAAUUUGUAUGCCUGUGAUUAGCUUAAAUUGAAAAUGCUAGGUCGAUUGAUUCGACUUAUCCCGAGGUCUGAUGAAACAAACGAAGACCUCAAAGAGGUUAGAGAAUUUGAAAAAUUUCUUGGAGAGUGUGAAGUUUAUGAUUUUACCCAAAAUGGGAGUGAAAAUUCGUGCGAAAUGACAGUGAAAAUAUCGGCACUCGGAGUCGCAAGAGUGAAUGUUACUCGAGUUUAGAAUAGAUCCUCAAUCUGUACGAAUGGAGAUUUCAAUGGAUUAGUUAUUUGUGAAUUUGUUUUAGUAACGGUAGAAUAGAAUAGAGAGAGAGAGAGAGAGAGAGAGAGAGAGAUUCGUUCAUCGAUCUAAAUAAAUCAAUAAAUCAAUAAUUUCGAGAUAAAUAAAAAAUAUCGAAUAAUCGGCGUUCGCUCGACGAUUCAAAGUGGAGUAUUCACACUUUAGCAAAGAGUCACUUGAAUUCGAGCUAACUUGGCUGCCACUCUGCUUUUCGUGCGGAAUUUCACUCGAAGAAAUUUAGAGAGGACGUUCGACGUGACGAAGUGGAUCCUUAAGGACCUUUCUCACGCAAACUGUGCGAUAGUUAAAUUAUCGUUUACCGAUGACCGUCGCACGGCCGACGAAAUCGUAUUCAAUAUGUUUUCCGCACUGGCACACAUUGGUGAGAGAUGGUGCACCCUGUUCAAGAGAAGCC